UUAUAGUGCCAUUUACGUUUUUGUGAAAGGUAUUACAAUUAAAUUGUUUUCUCUCAAAGAAACAUAAUGUUUGAAGUGCAUGUUGUUUUACUGUGAUAUAUGUGUCAAAUUUAAUUGUUUGUUUGCUCACUGUUAUUCCAGGAUAAAAGUAUUUAAAACACAAGCGACAAUUUUCAAAUAGAGCCAGUUAUUUGAACAAAUGUAGUCUUUUGUCUCAUAAUGUUUUUGUUGAUUAUACUUGCUUGUAUGUCUUAAUCCAAAUAAGAUAUAUUUAAGUAAGGUUAUAAUUUUUUUGUUAUUGUUAUUCAUAUUUUCGUGGCUUUUUCUCAAUUAUAGUGGAUUAUUUAUAGAAUUUAUAAAUUAGAAGGAUUCAAAUAAUGUAGUUCAGUGAAUAUAUGAGUAUUUUGUCAUCACAGAUAUCCUAGUUAAGAGUUGUUUAAUGGUCUAAAUACUCUGCUGAUCAUGAUUGAUAAAACCUGCAAUGACUGGAAGCUUGGCUUUAUUCCACUACGAGAUAAGUCACAUAAUGUUAUAGCUGCUAGAUGCAAAGUCUGCGAGAAGGUUCUUCAACAGCUUAGCAUAGAUAAGCUGAACGAACAUAGAUCUCGGUGUAAGAGAAUUGUAACUGACAACAUGCACUUGAGUGAAAUUGGGGAGGCUGUAGGUAUUGGUCAAUCUACUACUAAUAGUCAGGAAGAACUGUUUCUGCACGACGAUGAAGAAUUAACAGUAGAAGAUUUGAAUGAAAAAUUAACAGAAUUUUUCUGCGCAUGUAACAUCCCUUACAGGGUUGUAGAAGAUAAGUACUUUCUAAAUUUUGUUGAAGCUCUCCGCAAAACAAAAAUUACAAAGUACAAACCUCCAUGUCGUCAAACUUUGGCCAGUACAUGUGUCAAUGAGCUGCAUGAGAAGAUAGUUAAUGAUAGAAAAAAAAAAUUAAGAGGCACUGAUAGUGUCCUAUUAAUAGAUGGUUGGAAAAAUUCUACGAUAAACCGCAAAAUAGUUGUUUGCAGCCUGCGCAACGAAAACAUUUCUCACACGUUUUUGAAAGCAUAUGAUGCUUCUUUGGAGCGCGAAGAUGGAGAAUACCUUUCUGAAGUUAUGGUUGAUGCCAUUGAUUACGCUAAAGAAUUUUACGAAACUGAUGUGUUUGCCAUUAAAUCAGAUAAUGAUGCCAAAAUCUUAAGAGGAGGUCGAUUAGCCGAAAGUUCUGCUGGUGAAACCUUAUGGCACUCAACUUGUGCUAGUCAUAGUGCAAACUUGUUAUUAAAAAGUUUAGUUCCCUCCACUUUUUCAGAUAAUAUGAGAGAAGUUAUUCAUGCUUUCCGCGAACCGAAACUUGAUUCAUUAGUAAUUAAGUAUGGGGGUACACUGCUACGUAACUACCCGGAUACCCGGUUUGCUUAUCUACGUGAUAGUGCAGUUAGUAUUUUAAAUAACAUCGACAUACUUAUAAAAAUAUCAACAUUAGAAAAUGUUAACAUUAAGGCUUCUGUUUUAAACAUUAUUAAUAACGAUGUGUUUACAACUCAGCUAACAGACCUAAUCGAUUUAUUAGAGCCAGUGUGCAAAUUGAUUUAUAAAGCUCAAGAUCCUGUAUGCAAUGCAGCUGAUACUGUUCAGUUGUGGCUUUCUUUAAGGUUACAUAAUAUUCAACAACAAGAAUUGUUAAAGGAUAGAAUUUUAAGAGCUUUGAAACCAGUUGAUUUUGCAGCCUAUGUUCUACACCAUAAGUAUGCUGGGAGUCUGUUGAGUCCGGAGCAAAACCAAAAGGCGUACCAGUUUUUUAGAAACACUAUGGACUCUCAGACACUAGAAGAACUUCAUGAAUACUUAGAAAAUAAAGAAGAAUUGUUACCUUUGCAAGCGAGAUGUCGCAAACCCAUUGUCUACUGGAAGUUGAGUAAAGCCUUUUUUCCUAACUUGGCGAAGUAUGCUAUAAAGUUACUUCUAAUACCAGCUUCUACAGCUCAGUUAGAAGCAUACUUUUCACAAUGGACUUACGUCCAUAACAUAUAUCGAAAUAGAUUAACACAAGUAAAUUCUAGGAAAUUGGUCGAUGUUUAUUCUUCAUUACGAUCGCAGAAUAAAUAUUAGAAAUUCUGUUAAACUUAAGAAGAACUUUUGCGACCAACUGUCAAUCUGUAAAAUUGUUUUUUUCAAUUCUUUGUUUUACAUAUGAUAUACACUAACAAGACAUCACUGUUUAUAAACUGAAAUCAGUGUUUGCACUCGAUCUUUUUCGGAUAUCCUGUGCCCACCUAGGUUACUCGUUAUCACUCAUCUUGUCUCCAUCAGUUUUUUUUCCUUGUCAAAUUGAUCUGGAGACGUGAACUCGUUCUGCCUGCGGUUCUACAGAUGUAACGAAAACACAUAAAAAAAUACAAUUUAUUAAGAUCAUAUUUGUUACAUUUCUUAAUAACCGUGGAGUACAUUGCACACAUAUAAAUAUAAAUACCUACAUACAUUGUAAUGUUAUUUUCACUUCUACUUACUGUAAAAUAGCAAUUACAAUUUGUUAAAGAAUUUGUAAAUAAAUCUUUUUUAUACCCAUAAAA